CUACUACUACUACUACUACUACUACUACUACUACUACUACUACUACUACUACUACUACUACCACUACUACUACUACUACUACCACUACUACUACUACUACCACCACUACUACUACUACUACUACCACUACUACUACCACUACUACUACUACUACCACUACCACUACUUACUACCACUACUGCUACCGCUACGACUAUUAGUACGACUACCACUACUGCUGCUGCUACCGUCGCUACUCGAGUAA